AUGGAAGAGGUGCAGACUGACUGGGGACACCUGCCUUAUCCUGUGCUGGAGGCUGUGAGCGCUGCCUGGCAGAUAGAGAGUGGCAGGAUUGAUUUCUUCCACUCAGCCCGCCUUACAAAUAGGCACUGGUGCAAAUGGGCAACAGAGUCUCUGAGUGUUGUGAGGCUAUCAGGAGGGACGUCCUUGAGCCUCGUGGUGGAAGCCAUCGCCAGAAAAUUCCCCAAUGUGGAAGAGUUGAUAUGCAGCAAGCAGUACUAUGCGGGCCUAGAUCAUGGACUGUCCUGUCUGGUGAGAUUGGACAGACUGACGCGAUUGAGGUUCGGCAGCAGUUUUGAGGGUGGGGACAGGGUGGAUUCCAUGCGAAGAGGUGAAGCAUGGUUGGACUUGGGGAUUUGCAAUGAGAUCUCAGAUGAGAGUCUGACAUGUUUGCGCAGUCUGACCAGCCUUACACAAUUGGGUUUGCGUGAUUGUUGGAGGAUCACAGAUGAGAGUUUGGUUGUUGUGGGGAUACUCACCGGUCUAAGAUGGCUGGAUCUGCGGAGAUGCAAGAACGUCACAAAUGAGGGUUUGAUGCAGGUUGGCAAGUUGACAGCACUUGAGCACAUGGACUUGCAUGGAUGUAAGCACGUCACUGAUUGGGGACUUGCAUGCAUUGGCAACCUGGGUGCCCUCAAACAUCUGGAUCUGGGAUUUUGCACAAAUGUUGGGGAUGCAGGCCUGGCUCGCCUGACCAAACUGACAGCCCUUGAGUUUUUGGAGCUGGUUGGGACACGUUUCACGAAUGGAGGUCUGUUCAAAGUUGCAACAUUGUCCAAGCUCAAGCACCUGGCGCUUGGCCAGGUGCCUCUGAUUUCAGAGAAGGGUUUGGCGCAGAUUGGGCGUCUGACAGCCCUACAGCAUUUGAAUGUGUCCAGGCACGUGCAAAAAACAGAACACGCCCUGGAAUGUUUGGGUGAGCUCACAGCUCUCAAGCACUUAGAAAUGAGUCAGUGGAGCAAACACGGUAACAGCAUUCUUGCACUUGCGGGGGGCUUGACCUCCUUGGAGGUCUUGAAUAUGAGUGGCUGUGGAGACAAUGCAGAAGAGGGAUGGAAUCUGUUGACCAAUAUGAAAAGUCUCAAAAGUCUAGAUUUAACCCGCUGCAAGAGUAUUACAGAUGCCUGGCUGGCUGCGAUUGCAAGUUUGACAUCCUUGGUGUCGUUGGAUUUAGGAUUUUGCAAGGUCACAGAUGAAGGUGUGAUGUGCUUGCGUGCAUUGUCAACUCUCCAACAUCUGAACCUGUGCGAAUGUGAGAAUGUCACGGAAGGGUGUCUGGGGGCGCUUGGGGAGUUGAAGGCACUCAAGCGCUUGUGCUUGAGCAGGUGUGUGCACAUCAGGGGUGAAGGCUUGUGCCAUGUGGGUACGUUGGUCGCACUGGAAGUGCUGGAUUUGAGCUACUGCUCUGGAAUCAGAGACAGUGACCUGGCAUUCCUUGGGGGCUUGCAAGCUCUCAAGCACCUGCACCUUGCUUGGUGCCUUGAAAUGACUGGCCAGGGGGCAUCAGCUUUGGUGGACCUGACCUCCCUGAAGUACCUGGACCUGCACAGGUGCAGAAACGUCACAGAUCAUGGUUUGGCCCAGGUGGGGGGGCUCAGCAGUCUUGAGCGCUUGGAUUUGCAUGGUUGUAGGUACAUUACAGAUGUGGGAUUGGGUCACGUGGGGAACUUGACAGCCCUAAGGCGUUUGGAUUUGGGCUGGUGCGAGCGGUUCACUAACCAGGGUUUGGAUCACGUGUCAAAGUUGGUGGGUCUGGGGCGGCUCGAGGUGAGGGGCUGCUCGCAGAUCACAGAUGAGGGAAUCGCAAGAGUGGGGCACUUGACGGCACUGGAAUACCUGGACCUGGGCUUUUGUUACAACAUCACGGAUGCGCCCUUCUGCCAAGUGGGGCAGUUUCAGGCCGUGCGUUACAUGGAUUUGCAUGCUUGCGAAGGCAUCUCGGAUGGCUUCAGGAUGACGACUAUCUACGGACACAUUGCAAGAGAACGGUAG